GCAACAAGCAAAUAUGGAGCCAUGAUGGCGGCUUGGGGCUUUCAGUUUCCUGCUUAUAAUGCACUUUAACCUUUUCCCCGCCCACUUAGUUGACACGCGUUCUCUGUUUUUGCGAGCAUGGCUUCUUCAGCUAAGAGGAGAGCAGUAGGUUUGAGUGAAAAUCACGGGGAAACUGAAAACAGCUCCGAUGAAAAUUCAGAGGAGGCUGGUGAUUCCAGGGAUGAAGACAGCGAGGCAUCAGAGGAGGAGAUCAACGAGGAGGUCAUGGUGGACUUCGAAGCUCACAACAUUACAGCGAACGACUUCGACGGCGUCAAGAACCUCCUUCAACAGCUGUUCCUGAAGGCUCAUGUAAAUACAUCAGAGAUGACAGACCUCAUCAUUCAACAGAAUCAUGUUGGAAGUGUCAUCAAGCAAGCUGAGGUGCCAGAAGACAGCGAUGAUGAAGACUCAGAUCAAGUGUUUGGCUUCAUCAGUAUGCUCAACCUUACAGAGAGAAAGGAUGUGCAAUGUGUGGAGGAGGUGAAGGAACUGAUCGUGGAUCAGUGUGAGAAGAGCUCUACCCCCAGCAUGACAGAAGAGAUCGAGCUGAUCCUCAAUGACCCCAGCAAGCCUGUGGGGCUACUGCUGAGCGAGCGCUUCAUCAACGUGCCCCCCCAGAUCGCACUGCCACUACACAAACAGCUCCAGGAAGAACUAGCUGAAGCUCAGAGGACUAAUAUGCCCAGUGGGAAGUGUCACUAUUGUCUGAUGAUCAGCAAGACCUGCAAAGAAGUGAGCAAGAGUGUCCCAGCCAGAGGAGCAGCUCCCAAAGAUGAAUACUUGUUCGUCAAUGCAGAGGAGGAAUUCUUCUUUGAGCAAGCUAUCAUACAGUUCCACUACUCGGUCCAGGAAGAGACAGACUCGUGUUUGAGCGGCAGGUGGUCGUUCGAUGAUGUUCCCAUGAAACCGUUCAGGACGGUGAUGCUGAUCCCAGCCGACAGAAUGCCUGCUAUCAUGGCAAAACUCAAAGAAUACCUAACUGUGUGAACCUUACAAUAAACUAAAACACCUUUUCAUACUCAUGGAAAUGGUUGUACUUGUAUA